AUGUAUACCAGUCAUGGAACCCGUCUGCUAAUGGGCACGGACUGCCUACUCGACGUCGCCUGCGACAGCAGCAUAGCAAGUCCAAUGAUUCCUCAAUCCGGUAGUAAGGCCUCGCAACGUCCCACAGACAUUCUUUGGAUCGUGCACAAAGACAGACGCCUGUCUCAUUACAUGGCCGGUGAGUCCAGCGAACCGACUUUUCUUGUGCAGGGUGCCGAGGCUCCCACCAGCAACACUCCACCACAGAAUUGCGACAGGCUCUUGGCUGGCCGUUUCCAUCUUCGAACAGGGAUAUCUGACAACGCGCUGUCAGGACUGAUUGAAUGUCAGAGGACUGUUCACGCUCGCCAGGAGCUAGUAGUGGAGAGUGGAGAUGACUGUACCUGGACGUUGAAGCAGGAACCUUGCAAGAUCUCCAGAUACCGCACAACUGAAGGACCACCCCGCCCAAUACUUCCACCGCUCGUGAUUAUCCCAACGGAACUGCUCGAUCCACCAUACCUCAGACUGGGGGCAGAGACCAUUGCCCCAGAAGUGGCUCCUUUCUGGUACUUCCGCUCUUGA